AUGCCACUCGGAGACAUGAUCGAUGACCCCACGAACAAUGACGAAUAUGUCGCGCAGCUACUUGCUUCAGAGGCAAAGGACAAGUCGCUAAAAUACUCCGCGCUUGGGCUCCAAGCGUAUCUUCCUCGUCGACCGACGGAUCGAGCUCCGAAGCCUAAUACACGCUUUCUCAAGAAUAUUCUUCGAGAUACAGAUACCCAUAACGCGGCAUUGAGACGCAAGGAGGAAGGAGAUGCGCGAGAACGAAUGUGCAAAUUGCGUGGAGAGCGAUCUCCUCCGCGCCGAGAGCGACGUCACCAGGAUCGGUCGCCUUCCCGUCGUGACAAGGAGCGGUCGUCGAGAAGAGAGCAUAUAGACGAUUCUUCUAGGGAACACCACAAGUCCAGGUCCGAGCGACACCGCCGACGGCAUGAAGGCGAUGGAAGUGAAUCAGACCGGGAUCGUGAAACAUCCUCGAGGUCUCACCGACGACAUCGCGAUGAAGAGCGACGCUCGAGAAGGUCGCGGCGGGAAUCCUCUAGAUCGCGACAUAGAUCGUCCAGAUAUUCAAGAGACAAAAGAAGUGCGUCGCCUCGCCGAUCACGAUCAGAAUCACUAGGUAGUUCGAGACGGCAUCGACAUAACGACAAGGACUACGAACGGCGAAAACGAGAUGAUCGUCCUGCUGAGGACGACACCGCGCAAUUAGAAUCGCGCAAAGAUGCGUACAGUUCGGAUAAUGAAUCCGAUCCUCUAGAAGACCUCGUCGGUCCAUUACCACGUGAAAAAGCAUCCGGUAUCCCUAUACGAGGACGAGGCUCCUAUCGCCAAAACACAAGCACAAUCGACGCCCACUUUGAGCGAGACUACAAUCCCAAACUCGACGUCGAUUUAUCCGACAACGACGAAACCUCAAAGCGAUCGAGUCGACGUCCCGUUGCAGGUCUCAUGACCAAAGACGAAGACGAGGAUUGGAACAUGGCAUUGGAAGCCCUCCGCGACCGAGCGAAUUGGCGCCAGAAAGGCGAAGAGCGCCUCCGCACCGCGGGGUUUGAUGAGAGCACCGUCCGACGGUGGAAAGAGGACCCGGCUUUUGCGAAUGGCAGUUCCAAUAAUGAUGCCGCAGGACGGGUUGAGGAUGUGAAAUGGGCCAAGAAGGGGGAAGGGAGGGAGUGGGAUCGAGGCAAAGUUUUGAAUGAGCAUGGGCAUUAUGAUGUCAAGGGGCAGUGGUAG